AUGGCGCCGCCGCCGGCCGCCCUGGCCGGGCUGCUGCUGCUGGUGUGGGGCUGGGCGUGCCCGGCGCGGGGGGCGGCGUGCGAGCCGGUGCGCCUGCCGCUGUGCCAGUCGCUGCCCUGGAACAUGACCAAGAUGCCCAACCACCUGCACCACAGCACGCAGGCCAACGCCCUGCUGGCCAUCGAGCAGUUCGAGGGGCUGCUGGGCGUGCGCUGCAGCGGCGACCUGCUCUUCUUCCUGUGCGCCAUGUACGCGCCCAUCUGCACCCUCGACUUCCAGCACGAGCCCAUCAAGCCCUGCCGGGCCGUGUGCCAGCGGGCCCGCGCCGGCUGCGAGCCCGUCCUGCGCAGGUACGGCCACGCCUGGCCCGACAGCCUCGCCUGCGACGAGCUGCCCGUCUACGACCGCGGCGUCUGCAUCUCGCCCGAGGCCAUCGUCACCGCCGAGGGCUCCGAUUUCCCUAUGGAUUCUAAUAAUGGCAACUGUAGAGGCACCAGCAUGGAGCGCUGCAAAUGCAAGCCUAUAAAAGCUACUCAGAAAACUUAUCUUCGGAACAAUUACAACUAUGUUAUUCGGGCUAAAGUAAAGGAGGUGAAGACCAAAUGUCACGACGUCACUGCAGUAGUUGAAGUAAAGGAGAUUCUGAAAUCUUCCUUGGUGAACAUUCCUAGAGACACGGUUAACCUGUACACAAAUUCUGGUUGCCUCUGCCCACCCCUUAAUGCUAACGAAGAAUACAUCAUCAUGGGUUACGAGGACGAAGAACGCUCCAGGUUACUCUUGGUAGAAGGCUCCAUAGCUGAGAAAUGGAAGGACCGUCUUGGCAAAAAAGUAAAGCGCUGGGAUCAGAAGCUCCGCCAUCCUGGAAAGGGCAGAAACGAACCUGGGCAAAGCGAUUCCGUUCAGAAAUCCAGCAGGACCAGCAAUCAACGGCAAAGACGCAACUAGAAGUGAAAUGUCAAUU